AGGGCAAAGGCCAGUCUAGGUAGAAGGUACUGCCUGGAAGGAGGAAGGGAAGAGCCAUAUGGAGAUGAAGAGAUAGGCCAGUUCCACCGCACGGAGGGCCACCAUAACGCCAAGGGGACAGACUUGGGAGACAAAGGGACAUGACUGCUUUGAUUGUAUCCCAGCCAGGGGACAGGGCCAGAGUGUGGCAUGAUUUCCAGCUGGUUUCCUCAAGGGAACUAGAAUGUAGGGCCUUCCCAGUUGCUAUACCCACUUCUCCCACAGAUGCCUCCCCAUCCAUGCCCACCUCCAUAGCCCCCUCUCUUCACCUCCCUUCAUCUCCCCACAUUCCUACCCUUCUCACCUGUGUCCUUUCCCGCCUACCCCCAACACACCCUCUUUGUCACCUCUAGCCCUGCGGCCUCCUUAACCAACAGCAGGACCACAUGAUGCUGGUAAAAAUAGCUCCACUUGACAGAGUGUGGGUGGAGGGGGGGGCAGAGGCAGGAGACAAGGCUGGGCCCCCGGUGCUAGGGAAGGGCCCUUGGGUGGUGUGGGCUCCUGACCCCUCCCUGCUCAGUCACACAUUUGCUCAGGUCACUUUAGUCUCGGGUUCUGUCACCCUAAGCAUACACCCAGGACCAGCAGCAGCAGAGCGGUGUGACAGCUGUCUCAGGUAAGGACCCCAGAAGGCUGACUCCAGCCUUGACCCUCCAGGUAGAGCCCCAACCCUGCCCGUUUAGUCUUAGGAUACCUUGGUCUGUCCUAGGGCAGCCUUGGUGAUGCUUCUUUCUUCCAUCUUGGUAUUUAGGUGUGUGCCCAGUGUCUCCAGUAGGGGGGAGUUUCUCUGAGUCUAUGUCUGAGCCACCAUGGCGUGUGCAGGGCCAGCCGGUGGGCGGCAGCGGGUGAGCAUGCAGGAACACAUGGCCAUCGACGUGAGCCCCGGGCCCAUACAGCCCAUCCACCUCAUUUCUGACUACUUCCCACACUUCUACCCCUUCCUGGAGCCGGUGCUGUGCGCACCAGACCCGCAGGUGGCCCCGGCCAUCCACUCUGCACCCCAGCUGCAGCCCAACCCGGAGCCAGAAGGAGACUCAGAUGACAGCACUGCCCUGGGUACCCUGGAGUUCACGCUUCUCUUUGAUGCAGACAACAGCACCCUACACUGCACAGCCCAUCGUGCUAAGGGCCUCAAGCCACCAGCCUCGGGCUCUGUGGACACCUAUGUCAAAGCCAACUUGCUGCCAGGGGCCAGCAAGGCCAGUCAGCUUCGGACUCGCACUGUUCGAGGCACGAGGGGACCUGUCUGGGAGGAGACACUCACCUAUCAUGGCUUCACUCACCAGGAUGCUGGACGGAAGACCCUGAGGUUAUGUGUAUGUGAAGAUUCACGGCUGCGGCGCCGGCGGCGAGCACCCCCUUUAGGGGAGCUACGCGUGCCCCUGAGGAAGCUGGUGCCAAACCGAGCCAGGAGCUUUGACAUCUGCCUGGAGAAGCGGAGGCUGACCAAGAGGCCCAAGAGCCUGGACACAGCCCGCGGCAUGUCUCUGUACGAGGAGGAGGAAAUGGAGGCAGAGGUGUCUGGGGAGGAACGUGGGCGCAUCCUACUGUCCUUGUGCUACAGCUCCCAGCGCGGUGGCCUGCUGGUGGGUGUGCUGCGCUGCGCCCACCUGGCCCCCAUGGAUGCCAAUGGCUACUCGGACCCCUUUGUCCGCCUUUUCCUGCAUCCAAGUUCUGGGAAGAAAUCCAAAUAUAAGACCAGUGUUCGGAGAAAGACCCUGAACCCCGAGUUCAAUGAGGAAUUCUUUUACGCAGGUCAUCGGGAGGAGUUGGCCCAGAAAACACUGCUGGUCUCCGUGUGGGACUACGACCUGGGCACAGCUGAUGACUUCAUCGGUGGGGUGCAGCUGAGCAGCAGAGCCAGUGGGGAACGCCUUCGCCACUGGCGCGAGUGCCUGGGCCGCAGUGACCGCCGGCUGGAACUGUGGCACCUGCUGGACAGUGUGCCCCCCCAACUUGGCGACUAGCCAGCACAGGCCCUGCUCGCAGCCUGUUCAGGGGCCAAGACAUCUGCUGCAGCUGCAAAGAGCUGUAGGUUGGCCCCUACCUGCUGUGCCCAUUCCUGUCUCCUUUCAGUCACCCCACCCCCAAACACUACGCAAAACAAACAUCUGCUUCUGCCAGCCAGGAGCCUGUCCUUUCUCUAGGAACAUCUGCCUCUUCUCUGCCCUCGCCUCACAGGGCAGAGCAGGCCCAUAUUCUGUU